AUGGACAACCGUAGGGGUGAUAAUUCACUUGAAGGAAUGCCAUCUCUGGAAGAUAUCUCUUCUGAUCAAAGCCAGUCUUGUUCGGAUGAUAAUGAUGAUGCAAUUGGUGCAAUUAAGGUGCAGAAAAAGGGAGCAGCAGAUACGGUUUCAGUUGUGUCUAGCAAGAGGAAUGCAGCAACAACAGUGCAAGCUGAUUCAGAUUCAGAUUCGGACUCUGAUUCAGAAUAUGAAACUGACCCUGAGGAACUUAAUGAUACCUCCUCAAAGGCAUUGGUUAAAGUUGAUGCAAGGACUCACCUUGCAAGGGACACAACAGCAGACUCAGAUGUUGGAAGUGCAGCAGCCACCGGUCACAAAAUCCUAACUAGAAGUGGAGCAGCUGCCUCCAAAAAAGGCACGAAGAAUGCAGUAACAAAUUCGGCAGGUGCAGCUGAAUCCGGUCUCAAAAAGAAUGCAGCAAUGGUUGACAAUACACCUAGGAGGAGUGAUGUGUCUGCCUCUAGGAAAAGGAGUACUAUAGCUUCGGAUCCAAAUUUUGGUUCUCCUCCUUUGGAAAGGAUACCUUAUGAGGAGUUUCAAAGGGGCGCUAUAGUUAUAGCAAAGGCUGCGAGAUAUGUCAAAAACUCUUAA